AUGGUGAAGGAGAAGGGGAAUGAGAAGGGAAAGGGUGCUGGUAAGGAGAAUGGGAAGGCGAAGGGUGCUGGUAAGGAGAAUGGGAAGGCAAAUGGGAAGGCGAAGGCAAAGGAAAAGAGCUUGAAUUACCUAAUUAGGCAAGAUUCGGCACUGCCUCCACCGGUUCCGAGGAAGAAGAGCAAACCUAAGGUGCAGAUUAGGAAGGCGAAAGACUUUCCCAAUGCCCCAAUGGGAGAGUUGAUUUGUAGCUUAAGAAAACACCCUCCACCUCCUCCGCGUCUCCCCGACCGCACCGGUGCCGGCGUGCGUGCCGCGGAAGCUGCUGCCUCCGGCUCCGCAAUCGGCUCCGAGCUGCCUCAUGUGGUAGAGGAUGAAAUGGGUGAAGCAAUGUUGGAGAAGUUUGACAAAUAUUGGGAAGAAAAGAACAAUGCCAUGGUGAUCGCAACCAUCUUUGAUCCACGGUACAAGAUGGGUUACAUAGAGUGGGCCUUUGGAGAACUAUAUGGAGAAGGAAGUACGAGGUUUAGGACUGAGAUCAAAAUCGGGGAGAAAGAGUUGGUGGCCUUGUAUCACAAAUGUGUUGCUCAAGAUAAGCGAGCUGGAAAUGGAGAAAGUUCAUCUUCCUCUGCAAACAUUCCUAGUAUCCCGGUUCAAGCUGGGUACGAGUCCUUCUUAUCGUCCCGUUCAACAAGAAUAUCAAAGAGUGAGUUGAGGAACUACUUAGAGGAUGAGGUUGCCCCUCGCAACAAGGCUCUCGAUCUUCUUGGUUGGUGGAAAGACAAUGCUCCUAGGUACCCAAUUAUGGCCAAGAUAGCCAGGAGGUUCCUUACUAUCCCGACUACCUCCGUGUCUUCGGAAUCUACCUUCAGCACGACCGGAAGGAUUUUUGGUAUGUCAACUCGUACUAUUGAACUUUGGAUAUAA